AUGGCCCUCACCGCCAAGGAGGCGGCAAACGCCACCCUCCACGCCCAGGCGAUCGCACUCCACAACAUCAAGAGCGCGAUCACCCUGGUGCUGGACAAGUCGUCCAACAACUACGGUCAGUGGCGGCCUCUCUUCUUGAUUGUGCUCGGCAAGUACAAUCUGAAGGAGCACGUCCUCACCGACAUCGCCUACCCCGAUCGCUCGGCAUGGGCGACCAUGGACAGCUGCGUCCUCACCUGGAUCAUCUGCACCGUCUCCAACGAUCUGCAACAGUCCCUGCUGAUCCGUGAUCCCACUGCCCGAUCUGCCUGGCUGUUCCUCGAAGACGAGUUCCUCGGCCAGCGCGAAUCACGUGCACUGCUGCUGGAGGCUGAGUUCCGUUCCUUCCGGCAAGGCGAUCUCUCAGUGACCGAUUAUUGCCGUCGCCUUGAAACAAUGGCGGCAUCCCUCAAGGAGUUCGGUGAUCCGAUCGGCGACAGGCAGCUUGUCCUCACCCUGCUACGCGGCGUCAAUGGGAAGUACCGGCACAUGGUGUCCAACCUGAAGAUGCGCGCGCCCUUCCCCACGUUCGCCGAGGCACGCACCCUGCUGCUCCUCGAAGAGAUCGACGUCAACGACGUCCACGACGACGUCACUCCCGCACCGCCGUCGGAGACUCAGGCGCUGCUCGCGGCAAAACCACAGCCGCCACGCACUGGUUCUGGUGGUUCCGGUGUCCAGGGCAGUAGGACGGGCAACUCCAACAACUCCCGCAACCGCCGCCGGGGACGCGGCGGCAACGGCGGGACCAACAACGGCAAGGCGGGCGCCGGCCAGGGCGCCCCCAACGGCGCCGUGCAGGGCGCUGGACAGCCUGUUGUUCGGCCAGGACAGAACCCCUGGUCCGGCACUCUCCAGCUCUGGCCACACGGCUUCGGCGGCCUUCCUGGACAGCAGCUGCAGCGCCCCCCAUACAUGCCGUUCGAGCAGCCCCAGCCGGCCCUCCACAUGGCACCGUACCACGGAGGGUACUACCAGCUCCCACCACCGCCCCUUGGCUUCAGAUAUGGCCCGGUGGCAGGCUCCUCGGCUUCCUCUUCGGCCGGCGCGACGCCGCAGUACGCGGCAUGGAACCCCAUGGCAGGUGGCUCCUUCGACCAAGCGUCCCUCGUCAACAACUUCAACACAAUGACCUUGACGCCGCCGUCGACACCCACCGAGUGGUAUGCUGACUCUGGUGCCAGUUCUCAUAUGACCGCCCACUCUGGUAUUCUCUCGUCUCCUCGCUCACCCUCCUGGUCCGAUCCUUCCUCUAUUAUUGUCGAUAAUGGUGCUCUCCUGCCCAUCACCUCCACUGGCUCAUACUCGUUUUCUACACCACAACGCCCUCUUGUUCUAAAUAAUGUUUUAGUGUCCCCUAGCAUUAUUAAGAACUUGAUCUCUGUUCGUCGGUUCACCAUUGAUAACAAUUGCUCUAUCGAGUUUGACCCAUUUGGCCUCUCUGUGAAGGAUCUACAAACAUGGAGCGUGAUCGCCAGGUGCAAUAGCACGGGGGAUCUAUACCCAUUCUUCCCGUCCACCAGCAGCAGAACACCAGUCUUCGCAGCCACCUCUACACCCACCCUGUGGCAUCGUCGUCUCGGCCACCUUGGUUCAGAAGCAUUGUCCAAACUUAUUAGCACCCAGGCUAUUUCUUGUAAUAAACCCAAACAUGAACAUAUAUGUCAUGCUUGCCAGUUAGGGCGCCAUGUUCGCCUCCCUUUCAGUUUAUCUAGCUCUCGUGCUACUCAUAAAUUCGAUUUAAUACAUUGUGACCUUUGGACCUCUCCUAUUGCUAGCGUGUCUGGUUACAAAUAUUAUCUCGUAAUUAUUGAUGAUUUUUCUCACUAUGCUUGGACAUUUCCGCUUCGCCUCAAAUCCGAUACAUUUGCCACUAUCUCUAAUUUCUUUGCCUAUGUUCGUACACAGUUUGGCACCAUCGUGAAGGCCGUCCAGUGCGACAACGGUCGUGAGUUUGACAACUCUUCGGCCCGCACGUUCUUCCUCUCCCAUGGUGUCCUCUUUCGUAUGUCGUGCCCCUACACCUCCCAGCAGAAUGGUAAAGCCGAGCGCGCCCUUCGCACCAUUAACAACAUUGUGCGCUCGCUUUUAUUUCAGGCUAGUCUUCCACCUGUCUACUGGGCUGACUCCCUCCACACUGCCACAUAUCUUCUAAACCGUCACCCCACUAAGACUCUUGAUGGCCUGACACCAUUCUAUGCUCUCUACGGCACACAUCCCACUUAUUCACAUCUUCGUGUUUUUGGGUGUACCCCCCCUGGCUCACCACCACCAGCCGGUGCGCCGCCCGUUGUUGAGCAUGGCUCCAGCCCGGGCGGCUCGCUGGCACCCGCUGGAGCAGCCUCGGCAGCAGGUGGAGGAGCCACGGCUGCCACUGGCAUGUUGCCACCUGCCCAGGCACCUACGGCAGCAUCACCUGGAGGUGGCUCGGCUGUAGCCAGCCCGCCACCGACUGCACCAGCGCCUUCAACUACGACAGCGACACCCUCUGCUGCCCCUGCUGACACCUCGUCGCAGGUAGCUGCCAGUAGAGGGGGCCGCACGGCUUCUACCCUGCCCCAACUCAUCGAGCCCGUGGUUAAUGAUCACAGCAUGAGGACUCGGGGCAAGUCUGGUUUCCGCCAGCCAGUUGAUCGUCUGAACCUGCACACGACAACGCUCUCGGCCGUUCCCAAGAGCUUUCGUUCCACGCUCGCCGACCCUCACUGGAGAGCCGCGAUGCAAGCAGAGUUCGACGCCCUCCUGAGUUUCCUUCAGCGCAUCAUCGCAGCUCUGCAACGGGAAUUCUCUAUGACUGAUAUGGGUGCUCUCCACCAUUUUCUGGGUGUCUUUGUUGAUCGCCGCUCAGAUGAGUUGUUCCUAUCUCAGAAGCAAUACAUGCUGGAUAUUCUGGACCGUGCUGGUAUGCGUGACUGCAAGCCUUGCAGUACACCUGUUGAUACUCAUGCAAAGCUACCUGCUGAUGGUGUUCCUGUGGCUGAUUCUUCACAUUAUCGCAGUAUCGCUGGUGCCCUUCAGUAUCUCACCUUCACCCGUCCUGAUAUUGCCUAUGUUGUUCAGCAAAGGCGUUUUGGCUACGACAGCUUCUUCUUGAACUCCAUUGCCCUCUUCGACGAGCUAUAG